AUGUUUAAUACUAAAAUAUUUGAAAAUACAGGCUCAUCAGGGUCGACAACUGCAAUGAAUAUUCCUGUUCAAUCAGAACCGUCAAACACAGGCAAUGCGCAACCACAACCAAUAGAUAUUACAUUCAACCAUCGUCCGUCAGUUUUUAAUAACUCACGAUUUAGACGCGAGUCCGUGGCACAUUCUCAGGGGAUGGGUGGUAUAUCGUGGGGUUCUGUUACCAUCGGUUCGUGGCUAAAAGAUGAGGUGAUGAUGGCGAGUGGAGGAAAUAACAAUUUUCUUAACCCACACUAUCAUCCGACUCAGUCCCAUAACAACCAAUCUCUGCAUCUGAGCUAUUCACAACAACAACAACAGCAACAACAAAAUCUAAUCAACCCACGAAGAGGCUCAUUUAGGACAUCUAAUCACCCAAAUUUAUCGCCACACUUACAAACUUCAUACCUACCCGAGUUAGAAGCCGAUUAUUGUAAAGAUUAUAGCUGUUGUGGGGAGUUAUUACCAACAUUGCAUGAUUUAUUGAGACACUAUGAGGAGGCGCAUAUACUGGCAUCGCCGCCACCCGACCAGAACCAUUUCGUUCUAAACAACAGUCGUAACCGGAAUAACUACAACAAUGCACAUAAUGUAAUGGAAACUGUAUCCACCACCGAUGUGUUUUUAAAUAACAAUCACAACAACCAUCAUACCCCAACUAUGCAUCCCAGCGCAACCACUAACAAUUAUAACGGAAACAACAGUUUCGGUAACCAACAAGCCCAUCAAGUGCUUCAGCAGCAUGAUAAUCAACAACAACAACAACAACAACAACAACAGCUGCAACAUAGCCAAAACCAACUACACCACAACUCCGAUAAUUAUCAACAUCAACUGCAACUGACUUCACGACAACCAGGACAACAAUUUGGACAGAGUAAUAGUCAUUUUGGGUCCCAACAACAAUCACCAUCUAGCGGUUCACAAGGAGAUGGAACACCAAUGCAAACGGACGAGGAUGAUAUGUAUAUCGAUGACCCAGCUCGCCAUCUUUACGUUAUGGAAAAUGAGGAGAACAAGCCGUUCAAGUGUCCAGUUAUCGGAUGUGACAAAACAUACAAGAACCAAAACGGAUUGAAAUAUCAUAGACAACACGGACACCAAGGACAAAAUUUACGUGAGAACCCGGACGGUACGAUUUCUAUAAUUGACCCUGAUUCCAACUGCCCAUAUUUAGACAAUGCGGCUUUGGAAAAGGAUAAACCAUAUAGAUGCGAGGUAUGUGGUAAGAGAUACAAGAAUCUUAAUGGGUUGAAGUAUCAUCGUGGGCAUACCACUCAUUAA